AUGCAUCCCACUGUUUUUCUAGCUGGCCUGGCUGCGGUCAUCCCUGUUACCCUAGCAGAGGAGCUCCGUGCAGACGAUGUACCAUCCGCAUGCAAGACAAUCUGCCAGCCCAUUGUCGAUCUCACCAAUACAUGCGAUAUCGACCCCAAAGAAGCGGAUAAAGAUAACGAGAAAAGAACCAAACUGCGGCUCCGUGAAAGAAGCGAGGCUGAAGAGGGUAUCGAGGCGAACUGUAUUUGCACGAAUAAGAGCUUCGACGUUGCUGCCGUGAUGGCGCUCUGCGCAAGCUGCAUGGUACAGAAUAACCAGGAAACAGAAGUAAUAGAUGUCGAUAAGAUUAUGUCGCAAUGCUCCUUCACGUCUACCUCAUAUGUGCGCUCAGCUACGGCCAUAGUCUCAGGCAUUCAGGUUCAGGCAACGAAGCCAGCCACGACUGUGACUAGGCCUUCUGAUUCUACUUCCACGGCUGGUGCGGCAUCCUCUACUGACUCGGCUAAUAACGGCGUCGGGAAGAUGGCGGUUUCUAUUGUAGCCGUUGCAUGGGCCGGGUUGGUGUUGCUGUUUCAAUUCUAA